AUGGCGGCUGCGAAUCUGGGCGGCGAUGACGAGAGAAGCGAGAUAGCGUUCUUCGACCUUGAGACGGCGGUUCCGGCGAAAUCGGGGCAGCGUUUCGCGAUUCUGGAGUUUGGAGCUAUCUUAGUUUGCCCUAGGAAGCUGGAGGAGCUCUACAGCUACACCACAUUGGUUCGACCCACCGAUCUCUCUCUCAUUGCGACGCUAUCCAAACGGCGAAGCGGCAUCACGCGCGACGGAGUCCUCUCUGCACCUACUUUCUCUGAAAUCGCCGAUGAUGUCUACGACAUUCUCCACGGACGAAUUUGGGCGGGACAUAAUAUAAAGAGAUUCGAUUGUGUUAGAAUAAGAGACGCAUUUGCAGAGAUUGGACUAUCUCCGCCGGAGCCGAAAGCUACAAUCGAUUCGCUUUCAUUGUUGACUCAGAAGUUUGGGAAGAGAGCUGGUGACAUGAAGAUGGCAUCACUUGCUACAUACUUCGGCCUAGGAGAUCAGGCGCACAGGAGCUUAGAUGAUGUUCGGAUGAAUCUUGAAGUUGUCAAGUACUGUGCAACCGUCUUGUUUCUGGAGUCUAGUGUUCCUGACAUUCUUACAGAAACGAGCUGGUUUUCACCAAGGAAAAGUCCGAGAACACGAAGUAAUGAGAAGUCAUUGCCUAAUGGAGUCAGAGGAAGCACGCCUUCUUCCUCCAUGAGCUCUAAAACUGAUCCGAGUCUGUCUUCCGUGGAGGCCACAACCGAAGAAAAGCAUCCCAUCAUUUCUCUGUUAACAGAAUGCUCAGAGAGUGAUGCAUCUUGUUCUGAAUCAGAUCCUUCUGAUAUAAUAACCAGUCUAAUAAGUAAACUACACAUCGGAACUCCUCAGAAAGAUGAUGCAGACGAAGCAAACACUGGAGGACAGCAGGAUGAAGGUGAAUCAUUUUUGGGGGUUGAUGAAGUAUCUGUUUCUAGCAUCAGCGCAAGUCUUGUCCCGUUGUAUCGUGGGAGCCGGAUCAUGAGAAUGAAGCUGUUUCACAGCGACGCCCCUCUGCAUAUCUGUUGCUAUAGCUUGAAAGUUCGGUUUGGAAUAAGCCGGAGGUUUUUGGAUGAUGCUGGUCGUCCAAGGUUGAAUAUUGUUGUUGAUGUACCUCCUGACUUAUGCAAGAUCUUGGACGCAUCCGAUGAUGCUGCACAUGAUUUAUACAUUGACUCAGAAACCAGCUCAGGUUGGAGGCCUACCGUUAUGAGGAAAGAAGGCUUUGUCAACUAUCCCACAGCCAGAUUGCAGAUAAGCUCAGAAUCCGAUGGAGAUGAUGCCAAAUGUGGAACCAAGGUUUACCAUAGAGAAGAACUCUCGGAAACCAUUCAAAAGCUAGAUUUCAGCAUCCAUGAUUUUGAAAAGCUUGAGUCAGCAUUACUUCCCCGUACCCUGGUUGAUGCAUUCUUCUCUCUCGAGCCUUACGAUUAUCAGAACAUGGCAGGGAUACGUCUAGCAGCCAGAAAGUUGGUUAUCCACCUGAAGAAAUGA